AUGUCUUCCAGGUUUGAACAUCAAGAUUUAGUGCUCGUAGAAGCAAAUCCGGAACAAGCCAAAAUCACUAAUCGCAAUUCAUAUAUGAGUUGGGGUUAUCCAGUUUUAACUAUAGGAGAAUACAUAAAACGUGAAGAGAUACUUGCAAAUAACGAAUUUACAUCAGAAAAUUUUAAAGUCUGGAUUCUGAUUUCAAGAAAAAGCAGCGUCAAUUGCAAUUCUACCACAUUAAAUGAUACUGAACCUGAAAUCUUUUCACAAUGCGAAACAUUUAAGCGUAAAACUUUAAUAACAUUAUCACCCGGACAAAUUAAAGAAGAAAUUUGUUAUUGCAUUACAGCUUUGUUCACUCCUCCUAAAUAUCGGCACAAGGGUUAUGCUACGACAAUGAUGAAAAUAUUGGACAAUAAAUUAAGAUAUGAAUACAAGGCUACAUAUUCAUAUUUGUAUUCCGAAAUUGGGCCUGAUUUUUAUUCUAGAUUAGGAUGGAAAAUUUUUGCGCAUAAAGAGAUUAGGUUUAAAGUUGACGGUAAAUUUUCAGCAACUUCAAGAAAUUCUGAAACUAUCGUUGCGAUUAACCAAUACAAUUUAGAAAGUAUAGUUAACAAAGAUUGUGAAAUUAUUAAAAAAGAAUUAAUGAAAUUGAACAAAAAAAGCGUAGUAAUAUUACCCACUAAACCUGCUUUUGACUGGUUGUUUCAAAAAACCAAAUUUUAUUCGAAAUUCCAUUCAGAUACCGAUGACCCAAGACUUUUUGGUGCCAUGAUUUUGAAAAAUGGAUUUGUCAAUGAGAAUGAUAAUGAAGAAAUGCUUAAAGGAUUCAUUAUGUGGAAUCAUGACUUUAAAGAAAAUGAAUUACUAAUUGUCAGAUUUCGUAGUGAAUCUCCAUAUAUGACGCGAUUAUUGCUCCAACAGGCUAUGCACGAAGCUAUUAAAUUUCAAUUAACACAAAUUGUUUUAUGGAACCCAGACUUAAAAUUAUUUAGUAUCUCAGAAGACAUAAAUAUCUUUAACGGAAUAGUUGUUGAAAGAACUGAAUCACUACCAUCUUUGGCGUGGUAUGCAGAUGAUGAUGAUGAUGUGGAUUGGAUAUUGAAUGAAAAAUAUAUUUGGGUUUAA